UAACCUUGAAUGAUCUGGAAGCAGCUGGACCUGGCUGGCGGCGGCGGGCGCGCAGCUGAGGCGGUUGGAUGCGGUCGAUGGAGGAGUUUGGAGAGGUUUUAUGUGAAUCAGGAGAGGAGGUGUUUGGAGGGUUUAUUAGGGUUUUUAAUGGUGGGGGAGAAUUUGGAGGAGAACCCCGUGAGAGUUCUUUCGGGGAGAGAGAGAGAGAGAGAGAGAGAGGGGAGAUUGGUGAGGGAUAGAGAAUUAAUUUACGGGGGUUAUUUCAGUAAUUUGGUUGGAAACUUUCGGGGGGUAGUAAAGGUGAAAUCAAGCUUUUGUUGUUGGGUUAUACUGCUAAACGACAGGAAUCCUUACCAGGGUGGGCGGAGUCGUCUUUGACUUCCUGAUCGGCCGUCUCCUUCCUUCGUCUUCCCUCUAGCCAGCUACAACCCUCAACAUUUCCUCUCUCCCUCUCUAGAUGGGGAAAAGAUCAGUGAACUACGCCGUGAUCGAUGCGUUCACGGACGCUCCAUUUAAGGGAAACCCGGCAGCCGUUUGUUUCUUGGAGAAACACGAUUAUGGUUAUGAUGAUGAGUGGAUGCAAUCGGUGGCCAAAGAGUUCAACAUCUCUGAAACCGCCUUUUUGACUCCUGCCCCUCAUCAUUUCAGCAGCCAUGAGGAUGAUGGCGAAGAUGCCGAUUCCAACCCAAGAUUCAACCUGCGCUGGUUCACGCCCGUUGCGGAGGUUAAACUUUGCGGUCAUGGGACCAUUGCUGCUGCACAUUUCAUUUUCACUUCUGGCACAGUAAAAGGUGAUGUGAUUGAGUUUGUAACUAAAUCUGGAAUCUUGACUGCUAAGAAGAUCUGCCGAUUGAAGCACUCAGGCGAUGAUGCACAGGAUGGCUUCUCCAUUGAGUUGGAUUUUCCUGUAAUUACUUUUGGUGAAUGUGAACCCAAGGAGAUCCCAUCAAUUCCUACUACCUUAAAUGGUUUAUCCAUGAUCAGUGUGCAAAAAACUUCAACGGCUGGUGAUCUUAUAGUCGAACUGUCUUCUGGGGAGGACGUUGUGAAUAUACAACCUAACUUUGAUGAGAUACAAAAAUGUGCUGGAAUGGGGCUUAUUAUAACAGCACCUGCUCCUCCUGGAUCUGGAUUUGAUUUCUUCUCUCGUUUUUUCUGCCCAAAGCUCGGAAUAAAUGAGGAUCCUGUUUGCGGGAGCGCACAUUGUGCUUUAGCACCUUACUGGAGUAAGAAGCUGGGGAAGCACAGUCUUAUAGCUUUCAUGGCUUCUCCAAGGGGUGGGAGAUUGGAGCUUGAACUAGUUGAAGAAGCACAGAGAGUGCACAUUAAAGGAAAAGCUGUAACUGUCAUGGUUGGUACUUUGUUGGCCUAGGUAGCUACUUAAUUUUCUUGCAUCGGCUGAGUGGAUCAGAUGAUGCCGCUGAAGUUUUGAUGCUUGUGAUCUUGUUGUUCUUGUAUUACUUGUGACGGCUGAGAGUUCUCUCUAUCUCUGCCCCCACACACAUGUACCUUCUUAAAUUUUAUGCUUGAAACUAUGUAUGGACUUGCUGAGUCAGUAUUUGUUUGUUGGUGGUGUUGAUUAUUUUAUGAUCAAUGAAUACAUUUUAAUUAUUUCCAUCA